AUGCCGAAGACCGCUCUGUCCAUGCUCCUCCUCUUGGCUGGCAUGGUCUUGCCGAUCCUCGCGGCUGGAGCGCAUAAAGCUGUCGACCUGCCCUGCAGCCAGACCUGUCGCAAUGGCAAGCCUGCGAAGCAGAACCUGACGUACCCCUUCGGGUUCUCAUCGGGCUGCCCAAUCCAGCUCAGCUGCACCGAUGAUGGGGACGCCCUCAUCGGGGAGUUCCGGGUGCAGUCCGCGUCCUCAGAAACCGUCACCGUCACCAUUGAGGCCGAGUGCAACCGCUCGUUUGAAGCCAUAGCCGAUCUCUACGGCCGCAACUAUGCCCCGAUUGGGGAGAACGCCCUUCUCCUCAACAAUUGCACGAAGAUCUCCCCAUGCAAUUUGCCCAAUACGCAGGUCAUCCAGGCCCAAUACCAGUCCCUCUGCGAAACUAAAAACAUGGCCAACACCGAGGCGCUGAACAACGUGUCGGUGUCGCUGGGCGUCCAGAUGUUACAGCUGGCGUGGUGGGUGAAUGGCGACAGGUGUGAGUGCUCCCGGGAUUCGGACUGCGUUCCGCUCUCAGGGCUGCCCAACGGCGGCGGAAAUGGGUUCCGGUGCAAGUGCAGGGACGGGUUCCUAGGCGACGGGUUCUUGGCCGGCACCGGCUGCCAGAGAGGUUAG